UCACAGAAUGUCUUCAGUCGUUCAAGAGUACUUUGAGUCGUAAAGAAUGAUGGGCUACGGCUUGUUCCUCAUAAUUUGUAGCUUAUUCUUCGUUUCGUUCCAUGAUUGUGUCUCUGAUACAGAAAUAGCAAGUGAACGAUUUGUUGACAGUUUUUCAGUUGUUGAUUUACCUGAAACCUGGGCCAAAAACAGCGAACCGAUUAGCCAUAAAGAACUCCCAGUUGAGCAGACGAAACCGCGACGGAUUAAGAGGUCCUCCUGGAGUUUACCACGCAAUACAAGUGCUAGGAUGAUUUUAGAUAUUAUUAUGCCAGUUGUCCCCCUGAAUAAUACUUUCAGCGCCUUGACUCUAGAUUUGAUUUAUCGUUUCGUCUUGCCUACCUACUCCCAACUCAACACACUCUACAGCACGCUAGGUCGAUUGGAUACUAAUGAGUUGGAUGGAGACAGUGAUCGAAGUAAUGUCAUAGAUUUCGAAUUCUUUGAAGAACAACGAGCAAACAAUGAAAGACGCAGUAUCUAUCAGCAUGUCCAAGGCCUCUUUGAAAAUUUUGGAUUUGACGGGCAAACUUGUCUCUUACGAGCCAUAUGCGAAAUGGCUGAAGCUCCGUUAGUCCAUCAAGGGCUUGUAGGAAAACUCAUUGAUCUGAUAUUCACGCCAAGUUUGCUGGAAGUACCGAAAUCAAUGGAGCCGUACCUCAGCAGCAACCGCAUACGAAGAGACGUUACCAAUAUUCCGGAAUUAGAAGUUCUCCACAAACCAGUCGACGACGAUUAUACAGAUGCUUAUCGCGCCGGUAAAGAAGGAAAAUGCUGGACUCGUUACUACACUUGCCCAGUAUCUAUUUUUAAACUCGUAAAUUUGUUUUAA